AUGGCCUCAAGGAGUGUGUUGACAUCAUCAUCAUCAAGGUCCCAACAUUCCCACCCGAACCAGCCCACGCGCACCUGCUCCUGCUCACCCAGCACGCACCCUGGUUCCUUCCGGUGCAGCAAGCACAAGAAGCCACCCCGAGCCAUGUCUCGAUCCUCGCCACGCACCCCUAACCAAUGGGACCCAUCCAUGGUUGCAAAAGCCAACUCGUUGAAGGCGGUUCUGUUGCAGAUGCUCAGGCCCUCCACCCAUGACCUUCACAAGAGGAAGAGUUUCCAACCAAGGCCAACUAGGUUUUCGCUCAUGAACGCCGACACCACCGCUGCGGUUGCCGUUAGUUGA